CGUCUACUCUCAUUUAUUAGUAGUAGUUUUGACCAUCCCCUCCCUCUCUUCUACCUUUAAAAGCCCUCUUUAGCUUCUUCUUCUUCUUCUUUUGUUAUUGUCAUCAAACCCAAAGAUGCAGGUGGCAAAGAAAACUGGCAAUCGAAUGGCAAGCAACAUAGGGAUAGGGAGCGAGGCAUCAACAACUACGAUGAAGCUUGACAAUUCAUGCGAGAUAGUGAGGCAGCUGGCUUCCACCAACGCAGUAGUCCUGUUCAGCAUGAGUGGCUGUUGCAUGUGCACUGUGGCUAAACGCCUCCUCUUCGGCCUUGGCGUUGGCCCCACCAUCAUCGAGCUCGAUCACCAUGUCGAUGGUCCUGACAUCCAAACUGUCCUCUUUCAUCUUGUCGCCAAUGGUCAACAGCCUGUUCCUGCUGUGUUUAUUGGUGGCAAGUUCCUUGGUGGCAUUGAAACUCUCAUGGCUUGCCACAUCAACGGCACAUUGGUCCCUCUCCUCAAAGAAGCUGGUGCACUUUGGCUUUGA